AUGGACUCAGAGCUGGACCAGGUCGUCUGCACCAUACUUUCUUUAGAAGAAGACUAUCCAACAUUGUCUCCUACCCUGGUGGAUCAGGAAACUUCACUCAAAGCUAUCAACGUAUUUCAUGGUCUCUUCUCCUCCAUGGAGACCCAACAAGAUCUACAGAACUCUCUUACCCUGAAGCAAUCUCUAUUGGAGGUCUACAAUCUGCUGGGAAUCCAACAACAGGCCCAAAUGUGGAAGAACAUGAAUCUAAAGAAUCCCCUAAAGACAGAGAAGACACCGGUGUCAUCUUCAUCAACCUUGGACAACGUAUCCAAUGGAGGUCUUCGUGGCACAUCUAAACGAAAAUCCCACGAACAAGAGAAUGAAGUCUGUAAGAAGGCCAGGGGGGAGAAGGACGAGACGAAGACGACGGCCACGAAUACCAGAUGUCGAAAGAGGACGAACUACAGUAAGGAGCAGAUCCACGUCCUCAUGAGGGAGUUUGACCGCAACCCAUAUCCAGAUUUUACCAACAGAAACCGGAUCGGCAAGAUAACUGGGAUUUCAGAGCCAAGAAUACAGGUUUGGUUUCAGAACCGAAGAGCGAGACAUCUACUAAAACCAAGCAAAUCUGAAGACGACGCCCAACACUGGAAUUUCACAACUACCGAAAAGAUCUGUGCAGGUUACAAUGAGAAUCCCCCCAAUCCGCAGCUGUAUGAGGACACUACAUGGAUGCUUCCAGAUAUGGGGCCCAUUUUAUAUUGAAGAAAUGUAAGACGGGAAAAAGAGAAAAAAAGAGGACAGUGCCUCGUGUAAUUCCGUGGGACUAAUGGGUCCCUAGAUAUUAGGGUGGAAGUGUGCUCACCUUAGGUGAACCUUGGGUUCAUGCAUAUAACCCCUCCGUGUUGGGGUACAGAUGUGUCAUCCGGAGCUGCAGCCCGCUGAUACGGCCUAUGUCCUCGAGGGGGUCGGCAAGUGCAGUAGAAAUAUGCGUGAAGAAAAAGGCGAUGGCGCUGCUCGAUUAGGCCAAAUUCCACGUAGUCU